AUGAUCAACCAAGCAGAAUCCCCCUCUCCAAUCCACACUAUCCCGCAGGAGAUCCUUCUCGGAGUCUUCAGAGACGUUGUCCCUCCUCCCUCCCCCACAUUCAGCCUCCUUGUCGAAAGCGUCAGAAACACGCCUACGUUGGCCUGGAAGAAUUCGCCCUUGGUUUCUGUAUGGAUGGUAUGCCGCCAUUGGAACCUCACCGUCGUCUCUGAGAAGAGCUUUUGGAGGACCAUCAUCGUCCAGCCGGGGGCCUACGCAGCGGGCUGGAUGGACCUCUGUCUCCAUUUCUCCACUGGCGUUGGCAUCAAUGUCAUCAUUCAUGCAAUCGACUCUACUCCGGACAUUUCUUACCUGCUCAAGGCUCUCCACCCCCAUACCCCAUUCCUCUCCUCCUUCGCCAUGAUCGGAACAUCAACCCACCCGACUCAGUCUUUGCAAACCUUCCUCAGCUCUGCCACAUUUCCCCAGUUGAGGCAGCUUGUCUCGAGGUCGCUCAUGUCCAACCCAGUCGACCCCCUGAUAAAUUUCGAUUCCAAACACAUCCCGGCACUUGAGGGAGUGUGCGAGGAUCUUCCUAUCCCCAACCUUCUCCAACUGCUCCGUCCCACGACUCAACUCAAGACGUUGUGCAUGUACCGCUCGCCCGGUUGGAUGACCAGCAGUAUAGAGCAAUGCGAGCACGUCGUCUUGCCACACCUCGAAAACAUCUUCCUGGAGGGAUUGGGUUGGCGGGAGACACCGUCCAUCCUGGCGCUUUUCACCGUACCACAUGCUAAACUGGUCGACAUUGAGUACGCAUACAGCCCGGGCCAUGACCUCCGCCACUUCUUCGGGGACAUCCUCCCAACACACCCUUCCCACGUCAUUCCUUCCCUCUCAUCCAUCACCGACCUUAGCCUCACAUUCACCCAAGCAGGCUACCCCCAGUGCAUCCUACAGGGUUGCACUCCGGACUCGCAAUUCCGUGUCACCGCGCUGCCUGAGAAGAACAUGCCGGCCUGGCCCUUGGGAUGCAACGCGAUCUUGGACGUGGAGAUCCGAGGAUCCAAGAUCACCACAAACAUCGAUGAGCGGUGCUGGACAGAGGCCCUCCAGACCUUCCCUCGACUCGCCCGGCUCGCCUUCGACAGCGACCAGGGGACAGCCGAGGCGCUCUGGAACGCACUCACCCCCGCCGGCGACAACGACGCGGUCCCGUGCCCGUCGCUGCGUACAAUCUCUUGCACCAAUUUCGACCUUUUUCUCCGGCCGCACUAUCCCGCUCUGGAGAAGGCUUUGCGUGCACGACACGCGCGACGCGCGCCGCUGGACAAGUUGAUUUAUGUUGGUUUCCCUCUGGAAGGGCAGGUGCGGCUGAAAGAACUCGGAACGGAGGUGAUUUACGAGUCUCUGGACCCUGUCGUCGAAGGGGCUCUGUUGGCAAAGGCCCGGCGAAGAUUGUUCAAGGAGCUCGCCACUGGAGGUGUAACGUCGGGCGAGCCACUUAUCGGGUAA